GGGUACUUCGUUUGGAUUCGUUUCCAUAUGCCUGUGUCAUGUUCUGAUAACGGACACGAUAAAGUUACCUGGUUUACUAAUAUCCUGUCGCACACACCGAAAAUUUGACCAUCUUUCGUCACACCAUCGUGCAAGUCUGCCACAAAGAACCAAUUAUGCUGAUUAAAGAAUUCCGGAUUCCAAUGCCCCUUUCUGUCGACGAGUAUCAGUUUGGUCAGCUGUAUACGUUCUCUGUAGAGAGUUUGAACAAUACCGGUGGCGGAGAAGGAAUCGAAGUCAUUCGAUCUGAGCCGUUCAAGGAUGUUCCCAUGAAUAACGCAAGUCACAGUGGCCAGUACACGUACAAAAUUUAUCACAUGGGCAGCAAAGCACCAGGUUUUGUCAAAGCAUUCAUGCCAAAAGGCAGUUUGGAAUUUCACGAAGAAUCCUGGAACGCUUAUCCGUAUUCUAAAACAGUUAUUACGAAUCCCAAGUUUAUGAAGGAAAAUUUCCAAGUGAUAAUAGAAUCGAUUCAUCACCCCGGUGGACCGGAUGUUGACAAUAUUUUGGGUUUGUCCGAAGAGAUGUUGAAAGAGCGCGAAGUCGUCCACAUUGACAUCGCCAACGAUAAAAUAUCAUCGAAGGAUUACAAAGCUGAUCUCGAUCCAACUAUCUACCGUUCGAAAAAAACCGGGCGGGGACCGUUAAAAGGAUCGUGGCAAAAGUCGAAGCCGUUAAUGACAUGUUAUAAGCUAGUUACAGUUGAAUUCAAAUGGUUCGGAUUUCAGGGGCGGGUUGAAAACCACAUUAUGAACACUGAGCAAAGAAUCUUUAACCUCUUCCACCGUCAAAUUUUUUGUUUGUUGGAUGAUUGGUGUCAAAUGACCAUGGAUGAUAUUCGAAAAUUUGAAGACGAAGUAAAAAAGGAGCUCGAUAAACAAUUGAAACGUGGAGAACCUCGUGGAAUGACAGCAGAAUGAGAGAAAAAUAUGAAAGAACUCCUUACAUUUAUUGUUUCCAGUGCAGUCUGAAGUAUAUGAUGCCUCAUACGCGUAUUGCACUCUUCUUUUUCAAUUACGUACUUCACCGUUGGUGUUCAUGCCAUGCCCUGUGGUCGAUACAUGUAUAGAGAAAGUCGAA